UUCUUUCUCUUCUAAGUUUGCUGAGCUUCGUCGUUGAAGCUAGUCCAACAUAUCUUGGCCAUCUAUGCCCGAACAUCACUUUCAACACAAACAGCAGCUAUCAAACAAACCUCAAUCUUUUCUUAGCUGAUAUUCCCAGGCAGGCUUAUCUCAACGAAAAAUAUUCCAUCGGUUUCUACAACACUACCACAGGCAGCGACCCUUACAAGUUGUAUGCCCUCUUUCUUUGCCGCGGCGAUGUUGAUCUGGACACCUGUCAACUUUGUGUUAAUGUUGCAACCACAAACUUAACAAACCUUUGUACUAUUGGAGAACAAAGCAUGAUAUGGUAUGACGAGUGCUUUUUCCGCUAUUCAAACAAGUCCUUCUUUUCUAUCAUGAGCCAGGUUCCUUAUUUUGCCAUGUUUAAUACGCAAGAGUUUAAUGGCAGUACAGACAUAUUUAGUGAGAAACUCAGCAGUUUGUUCACCGAGGUUACGGCUGAGGCUGUAAACACUUCUAAAAUGUUUGCAACCAGAGAGGUUAAUUUAGAUGCCCUUCGUACACUAUAUGGUCUAGCGCAGUGCACGCCGGACCUGUCAAAACUUGAUUGCAAUACAUGUCUUGAAGGAGCUAUUCAACGGUUGGGAUUGUUUUCCCUACCAGUAGGAGCAAGAGUGCUGUUUCCAAGUUGUAAUUUCCACUACGAACUGUACAAGUUCUACAAUGAAACAGUGCCACCCGCACCUCCAUCACUUCUGUCUCCACCACCACCUCCACCUUCCAGAGGAAGAAAAACAGUAUGGAUUGCAAUAGGCGCGACAGGAUCGGCGAUUAUAGCGGUAGUGCUUGGCUCUUUCCUUCUCUGCAGAAGACACAAAAGAGAUAGAGAGGAGAAAUCAACUAGUGAUCACGAAGUUCAACUACUUCGCUUGGGAGAGGGCAAUGUUGGAGUUGCUUAUUCAUAUGAUAUAUCACAGGGACAAGAACCUCAAGAGUUUCCCCAUUUUCCAUUAGGCAUCAUACUUGAGGCCACACAUAAUUUUUCUAAUGAGAAUAAGCUUGGUGAAGGUGGGUUUGGCCCCGUGUACAAGGGAAUAUUAGUAGAUGGCAAGGAAGUUGCAGUGAAGAGACUUUCAAGAACUUCUGGACAAGGGCUAAAAGAGUUAGAAAAUGAAGUUACUUUAAUUUCCAAAUUACAACACAAAAAUCUUGUGAGACUUUUGGGAUGCUGCUUAGAAGGGAAUGAGUCGAUGCUCAUCUUUGAAUAUAUGCCCAACAAAAGCCUUGAUUUUCUCCUCUUUGAUUCAACUAGGAGCAUAGAACUAGAUUGGAAAAGACGUAUAAGCAUCAUUAAUGGCAUUGCACGAGGUCUAUUGUAUUUGCAUGAGGAUUCUCGACUCAAAGUAAUUCAUCGGGAUCUCAAACCAAGUAACAUUUUAUUAGAUAAUGAAAUGAAUCCUAGAAUAUCUGACUUUGGAAUGGCCAGAAUAUUUGGCGGAAAUCAACAUGAAGCUAACACCAGGAGAGUUGUUGGUACAUAUGGAUACAUGGCUCCAGAGUAUGCCAUGGAAGGAUUGUUUUCAGUUAAAUCUGAUGUUUUUAGUUUUGGAGUUCUUCUACUUGAGAUUUUGACGGGAAAAAAGAAUAGUGGAUUUUAUCUUUCAGAACAUGGCCAAAGUCUUCUUAAUUAUGCUUGGAAGCUAUGGUGUGAAGGACAUAUAUUAGAGCUAAUGGAUCCCAUUUUGGUGGAAUCGUGUGUUCCAAGUGAAUUAUUGAAAUACAUGCAUGUUGGAUUAUUGUGUGUUCAAGAAGAUCCAGCUGAUAGGCCAACCAUGUCAUCUUUAGUAGUCAUGUUAGCAAGCGAUACAAUAGUUCUUCCUAAACUGACUGAACCUGCAUUUUCUGUUGGUAGAGUGGUCAAUUUAGCUCAAUCUUCAUCAAAUGCUAAAGUUUUCUCCUCCAAGAAUGAGGUAACCCUUUCAAGUGUUUCACCUCGAUGACAAUUCUUUUAUGGCUAAUUGCAUUUUUGAAAAUUUUUGUCAUUUAUUAAAAGAUAAGAAUGUAUGUUAUGGAAUUUUUGGCAAUCAUUACCUUGUUCCUA